UUAUGUGUCCUAGACCUAGAGAGGCCCCUGGACUCACCACUGUCCCAACUGCACUCUCCCUGUCCCGCCUUCCCCACCGCCCGCCCCGCUGGCCAGUCCCCACGCCCACACACCCGAGGCUGCCUCAUCUGGCACUGAUUAUCCCUGCUGCUGCUGCUGCCGCUGCUAAACUCAGCUGCUGCCUCGGUCUCGAGGACCCCAGCGCCUCUCCCCCCGGCCAUGCUGUCUGCUGCCACUGCCUCCCUCUUGGGGCCCCUCCUCACUGCCUGGGCCCUGCUGCCUUUCGCCCAGGGCCAGACCCCCAACUACACCAGACCUGUGUUCCUGUGCGGAGGGGAUGUGACUGGGGAGUCUGGUUACGUGGCAAGUGAGGGUUUCCCCAACCUCUACCCCCCUAAUAAGGAAUGCAUCUGGACAAUAACGGUCCCUGAGGGCCAGACUGUGUCCCUUUCCUUCCGAGUCUUCGACUUCGAGCUGCACCCUGCCUGCCGUUACGAUGCUCUGGAAGUCUUUGCCGGGUCUGGAACCUCCGGCCAGCGGCUUGGACGUUUCUGUGGGACCUUCCGGCCAGCGCCCUUAGUCGCCCCCGGCAACCAGGUGACCCUGAGGAUGACUGCGGACGAGGGCACAGGAGGACGAGGCUUCCUGCUCUGGUACAGCGGGCGGGCCACCUCGGGCACUGGCCCCCCCCCAGGCGCGAGGCGGAAAUGGGUCACCGACCCGCGGGUGGAAUGGGCGGCCUGGGGUUACUGGGACGAGCACCAAUUUUGCGGGGGGCGGCUGGAGAAGGCCCAGGGAACCCUGACCACGCCCAACUGGCCCGAGUCUGAUUAUCCCCCGGGCAUCAGCUGUUCCUGGCACAUCAUCGCUCCCCCGGACCAGGUGAUCUCCCUGACCUUCGGGAAGUUUGACCUGGAGCCCGACACCUACUGCCGCUACGACUCGGUCAGUGUGUUCAACGGAGCCGUGAGCGACGACGCCAAGAGGCUGGGGAAGUUCUGCGGCGACACCGCCCCGGGUCCCAUCUCCUCGGAAGGAAACGAGCUCCUCGUCCAGUUCGUCUCUGACCUCAGUGUCACGGCCGAUGGCUUCUCCGCCUCCUACAAGACCCUGCCGCGGGGUGCCGCCAAAGAAGAGCAGGUCCAGAGCGCCGGGGAGGAUGCCCGGUCCGGUACCCCGAUCCUCAGCCCGGGCCCCAAGCCCGGACUCCCAUCUGAGGAGAAACCAAAAGCCUCGUCUGAGGCCCAGGCAACUCCGGGGGGCCCCGAUGUGCCCAGUGUCCCCUGCCCAAAGCAGUGCCGCCGGACAGGCACCUUGCAGAGCAACUUCUGUACCAGCAACCUGGUGGUGACCGCAACAGUGAAGUCCAUGGUUCGGGGCCCAGGGGAGGGCCUCACUGUCACUGUCAGUCUCAUUGGUGCUUACAAAACCGGUGGCCUGGACCUGCCUUCUCCACUCACUGACACUCCCCUGAAGUUUUAUGUGCCCUGCAAGCAGUGCCCCCCCAUGAAGAAAGGAGUCAGUUAUCUGAUGAUGGGCCAGGUGGAAGAGAACAGAGGUCCUACCCUUCCUCCAGAGAGCUUCGUAGUUCUCUACCGGUCCAACCAGGACCAGAUCCUCACCAACCUCAGCAAGAGGAAGUGCCCCUCCCAACCUGUCCGGGCUGCUGGGUCCCAGGCCUGAAACCCAGGCCAGCUUCCCAGCCCCUAGCCCUAGGGACUCCUUUCUUAUCCAAAUAAAUGUUUCUUGACUGA